AUGUCUUAUUGUCCCUCGUGUAAGGAACUCAUUUCCCUGCAGGAAAGGCAUGCAUGGAAAGAAGAUACAGAGAGUGUGAGGAACCCAGUGGCCCUCAGGAAAGGCCCACAGACCAAGUGGCAACAUCUCCAAACUUGUCAGCACAAGCGGGUCGACAGCGCAGUCCUGCCCUCUAUCCCCGAUCACAAGAUCCACAAGGACGAGGCUGUUUCUCUUCUCGCACCACAUCAACCUGUCAGGGGCCGAGGGAGAGAACCGGGCCGGCGCACACACCAGGUGUCCGAAACUCACAUCACAUCAUCCUAACAACUCACACUACUUCUAAUGGCUCUUUCUGUGUUUCCUCGAGUCUUGGGUCUCUGUGUUCUGCUGGUGUCGUCGGGUCACUGUGGUCCGAUUCCCCGUCUGGACCAGCGGGACGGUGGUGUGGAUAGUGUGGACAUGCAGGAGGUUCUGGGGCAGUUCCUCCACAUGCUGAACCUGACGGAUCCGGGGCCCGGAUUGAAGCCGCGCUCCAGCCGCACCAAACCUCCCGAGUACAUGCUGGAACUUUACAACCGGUUCGCCACCGAGCGCAGCGCCACGCCGUCCGCCAGCAUCGUGAGGAGCUUCAGGAACGAAGACCACACCUCGAGCAAGAGCCUGCGAACACACCGUCUCCUGUUCAACCUCUCCGUGCCGCAACACGAGCGCGUGGUCAGCGCCGAGCUGCGUCUUCACACACUCCUCGACAGAGACUCGAUCCAGCGCGUCGGGUCCGGGUGGAAGGUGAGCGUAUUCGACACGCACCGGGGCGGGCGCUACGGCACAGGCGAGAGAGACCCGCUGGCGUCGAGGCACGUUCACCGUAAGGACAGCGGGUGGGAAGUCUUUGACAUGACGGACGCUCUUCAACAUUGGCGAAAGCUCAACAUCGUGACCCCCAGGCUGGAGGUUCACAUCGAAAAUCUGAACGCGUUCAGGAACACGAAUGUAGACCUGUACAUCGACAAGAAUCCUGAUGGACAACACGAGCCGGUGCUAAUCGUGUUCUCAGAUGACCAAAGCGAACAUCGUAUGAUGGAAGAGGACAACGAACUGAGGACAGAUGAGGAGCAGGUGCGCUUAAACAACGGCGUCUCGAGAGUUCGGCGCAGCGCUGGAGCGGAAGACUGCAAGAUAGCCGAGAUGUACGUGGAUUUUAAGGAUAUCCAAUGGGACUCGUUCAUCUUGGCGCCGUCUGGUUAUCAGGCGUUCACUUGUCGUGGCGUGUGCAACUAUCCUCUCGCUCGCGAAGUGACGCCCACCAAACACGCCAUCAUCCAAACGCUGCUCAAUCUGAAGAGUCCUCAGAGGGCCUCGCAAGCCUGCUGUGUGCCGACCGAGUUAAAGCCCAUAUCCCUCCUGUAUGAGAACGAGAACGGCGUCGUGGUUUUAAAUAAUAAAUACGAAGGAAUGGUGGUCAAGGAAUGCGGAUGCAGAUAGUCCGAGAAAGA